AACAGAAUGAUUGACGACUUCGAGAAACAAGAAGUCCGAAGCAGCGUGGAUCUUUGGUCCCAAAUUUGUGGUCCCAGCCGGCCGGAGAUGCAGGCCGAGCCCUGUCGGGAAAACGGCACCGAUUUCCAGGACUCUUUCCAGCCAGUGGAAGGGCAGUGCAAUGGCCAGUCGAACGGGACGAAUACCGGUGGUUAUUCCAGUGCUCAGUGGGAACCAAUGGAGGAUUCCGAGACCUACAUUGCCAGUUUAGAGAAUCGCCUGAAGAGGCUCAAGGGUCAGUCCAGUGACGUCACCUCCAGGGACAUACUGCGCUCCUUGUCUCAAGCCAAGAAGGAGUGCUGGGAUAGAUUCCUGCAUGACACUCAGGCCUCCGAGCUCUUCCAAAGCAGCGACAUGGAUGAGAGUGCCGUUGAACACUUUAAGAGGUGGCUGGUUCCGGAGAAGGUGGCAAUUAGCGCCGAGGAGCUGGAAUAUCUGCUGAGGCCGUCUCAGACUAAAGACCCCACCCAAGCGGAGCAGCAGGCGGGACACGAGGAUGCUGAGGAAGAGACUGCUCAGAACCCUGAGAAAUGA